CUCCAAAAUCGUCAUCUGCAACUGUACUUGUAUUUUUAACCCAUUGGUUAUAUGUUGCAUUAUUUAUUUACUUCCAGCAAAACACCAAAUUAUGUUAAUCUAACGGGAUUUUGGAACACCUUAUACUAUAGUGUCCAAUCCACGGACAGUUUCCACAGUCUCCAUCGAUCCAUAUAAAAUGCACCAGCGAUGAUCCCGGUCCAGCGCGUUAAAGCUCAGCCUCAGCUGUGGCAUAUCAGCGCGGAAGCUUCUCCAUGGCUCUGGGUGAUCCCGUCCACCUCGGGACUGUGCCGGGUUGCAUCUGCGCCUCCGGUGCUCAUUUCCUCUCGCCCACCACCGGUGAUUCAGGCGGUCUCGGGAUGGCAGAUGUCCUGCGAUCCGUUUCUGCCUGUGAUGCGCGCGCCUGCUGCUGCGGAACACAGUCAGUUCAGUCUGCCUAGUGUCCAGUGGGAGUUGCCAUCCAGGCCUCAUAUGAUGGGUUUCCAGCCCUCUGCAAGUGUGGACAUGCUUCCAGUGUUCCCUCAUGUAUACCGGACAGUUCUGCCUCCACAUUAUGGAAAAGGCUGGGUGGAAAAACGUGUGCCUGAUUACAAGCUUUAUCUAAACAAUACAUUAGCCCUUGACACCACCUGGAUCAGUCCAGAGGAAAUGGGAAUUUUCCAACGUCAAGAAAAGCCAUUGCUGAGGACAAAUCAAACAGCACUGAGCAUAUGUAGGCCAGCUGCAGCCUCCAGGAAUAUCCACACACUGCUUUUGACACCCAGGCAAAUUUCAGGCUGUCCCAUGGCCAUAAAGCGAGUAGGAAGUUCUAAAAGGAUUGCACUUACAGCAGCAGCUAUGAUGGCGAUGGAGUCUGACGUGACACAGGGACCAUCUGUCUCUUCGGCUCACCCUCUCCACCUGCUCUCGCUCUCACCCGUCAAACUCCCAUUUCUGACGGUACCUCGCACAGGAACACGGAACAGAUGGGAGGGUUUACUGGGGCCUGUACUACCCUCUCAAAUCACUGCGGUAAGAUCACUGACUUCUCCUGGAGUGACCAUUCUUACUGGAAAUUGGAGGGAGCAAAGAGCAACAGAUAAGAUACUGGAAAUAAAGAAGACGUCCUGCACGGAUGCCUUAGUGCUCCACACCGAUCCAAACCCAGAGGAUAAAGCUGAGGAUGGGCCAUUUAAAAUCAACAUGGACGAGGACAGCUCACUCAAAGACAAGCGACCAGUUGCAUCCACACCUGUACCUGGAUCACCAUGGUGUGUAGUGUGGACAGGAGAUGACAGGGUCUUUUUCUUCAACCCCACAACGCAUCUGUCAGUAUGGGAGAAACCAGUGGAUCUGAAAGACCGCGGAGACCUCAACAGAAUUAUUGAAGAUCCGCCACACAAACGGAAAAAAGACUCUUCAGACGAUGGCUCAAAUUCUCCCUAUGCUGAUGAUGAAGAUGAGGAGGAAGAUCGUAAUACAAAGACCAAACGGAAUAAACUGAGGCACCCUGAGUGUGAACUGAGUGAAGGAAAAAAUGGAGCAUCUCAGAUGGUUUUACCCCUCGAGCUCCGGAUCACACACUUCAGAGACAUGCUUUUAGAAAGAGGGGUAUCCGCAUUCUCCACCUGGGAGAAAGAAUUGCACAAAAUUGUAUUUGAUCCACGUUACCUUCUGCUGAGUCCAGACGAACGGAAACAGAUUUUUGAUCAGUUUGUCAAAGCAAGAAUGAACGAAGAGUACAAAGAAAAAAAGUGCAAACUCCAGCACGCAAAAGAAGAAUACAGAAAACUGCUAGAGGAGUCAAAAAUCACAUCCAGGUCAACAUUUCAAGAGUUUUCUGAUAAGUACGGAAAAGAUCCACGAUUCAAACAAGUUCCGAAGAGGAAAGACCAGGAGCUGUUUUUUACCCAGUUCAUCAGCACGUUGAAAAAACGUGACAAAGAAAACAGAAUGCGGCUAAGAAAGAUGAGAUGAGAGUUUGUGGACAGGAAAAUUAACUCUACAGAGUACUAUGAAUGGAUUUCCUAAGACUGUUCAUUACAUGGUCAGAAACAGUGUAUACAGUGAUACCAUCUGUCCAUAUGUCUGGCCAACCGACAAAGGAUGAAACCAACAGCAGUGUUGAUUGCUUUUCAACGACUGAUUUGCAAACCAGCUCAAUCUGGUUCAGUCGAAUGGGUGUA